AGAUAUUGCUGUGAACCAGAAGGUCAUGUGGUUAUAAGAUGUAAACAAAGUAUCGUCAGAACUGUAUUUGAACUGUACUGAGCUGAGGGUGAAGGCAAAGCAUGUGUAUUAAUAAAGUUGUGGUGGUAAUUCAGUCACAGUUAUUCAGACACAGGCAGGAUCAGACAGGCAGGAUGGGGCAGGUGGACCUGCUGUGGAUCACUGCUGCUCUUCUAUCUUCACCACUGCUCACACUGUGUGACCCACUGUACAUCAUUUCAGCUCCCCAGAUAAUGAAGGUGGGCACAGAAGAGCGGGUGUUUGUGGAGGUGCAGGACUACAAAGCCCAAAAACCCUUAAAUGUAAAUAUCCAAGUGAUGAACUUUCCCACCCAAGAUGUGGUUCUCUACUCAUCAACGGUGACGCUAAAGCCUGAGGAAAAAUUUCAAGCUCUUGUUGGUGUAAAUAUCCCCUUUAAUGGCAUCAUUUUUGACACAGACCCAAAGAAAAACCAGUAUGUUUAUCUGAAAGCAACCUUUGAUGGACGUCAUUCCAUGGAGAAGAUUGUCAUGGUCUCCUUCCAGCCGGGUUAUAUAUUCAUACAUAUAGACAAAACUGUAUACACUCCUGAUAGCACAGUCCAAUACAAGCUUUUUCCUUUGGGCACAGACGCAAAGCUUGUUUCACUCCCUUUGGUGGUGGAAAUUGUGACACCAGAAGGGAUCAUCGUUUCAACAAACCGUAUGUAUGCUUCGCUCGAAGGGUAUAGACCCGAAAGGUUCGUUGGGUGGUAUAAACCCGAAAGCACUGGAACCUGGAAAAUAGUUGCAAGCUUGAGGAAUUAUCCACACAAGAAAUUCACUGCAGAGUUUGAAGUCAGGGAUUACGUGCUGCCCAGUUUUGAAGUAAAGCUGACGCCUGAGAGAUCUUUCUUCUACACGGGUGAUGAAACAUUAAGUGUUGAAAUUAAGGCCAUGUAUUUGUUUGGACAAGAGGUUCAAGGUAGCGCUUUUGCAGUAUUUGGCCUCCUCAAUGAAGGCAACAAGAUAAACCUGCAGAGUUCCCUUGCGAGAGUUGACAUUGUUAAUGGACAAGGUACAGCUGUUCUCAGAAGAGACCACAUCCUGCAAACCUUCCCAAAUAUUGAUGAACUUGUUGGGAAAACACUGUACGUAUCUGUCAGCGUGCUCACUGAAAGUGGAAGUGAAAUGGUGGAGGCGGAGAGAAGGGGAAUUCAUAUAGUGAAAGCACCAUAUACCAUUCACUUCACAAGAACCCCAAAAUACUUUAAACCUGGAAUUCCCUAUGAUUUCAAGGUGUAUAUAACGAACCCUGAUGAGACCCCAGCAGAAAAUGUUCAGAUAUCGGUGACACCAGAUAAUGUAAAAGGAAAGACUGAUAAAAACGGAAUUGCCAACAUCGUGAUCAACACCCUGAAAGGAGCCUCCAGUCUAGACAUCACUGUGCGUACACUCAUGAAGGGAAUUCCAGCAGAAAACAAGAUGACAGUGCAUGCCUACAAGCCUAGAGGUGGUUCCCAAAACUACCUACAUAUAGAUAGAAUCACUGGAUUAUUGAAAGUCAGGGGAUCAUUUUACCCUAAAGCUGAUGAUGGGAUUCUAAGUAAAGGACGGAUCGUAACAGCUUCAAGAUACCAAACGUCAGGUAACUCAGUGAUAGCCGUGCCGCUUGAAGUCACUAAAGAAAUGCUUCCCUCUUUCCGCGUGGUGGCGUAUUACCAUGUGGGAUCCUCUGAGGUCGUGGCUGAUUCGAUCUGGGUUGAUGUGCAGGACACGUGCAUGGGAUCGCUCAAAGUUGAUGUAGAGGAUGUUAAAGCAGCAUAUACCCCCAAUGAAGUUAUUGAUCUGAAAAUUACUGGUGAUCCUGAGGCAAAAGUCGACCUGGUCGCUUUGGACAAGAGCGUCUACGUCAACAACAAGAACAGACUCACCCAGACCAAGAUCUGGGACACCUUUGAGAAGCAUGACCUUGCCUGCACGGCUGGCAGUGGUAAAGACAGUAUGGGAGUUUUCUAUGAUGCAGGACUCCUGUUCAUGUCUAAUUCUGCAGGAAGCACCCCUGACAGAAGAGAUUUCUCUUGCCCAUCUGAACCAAGCAGAAAACGACGUUACGUCACCACAGACACCCUGGGUGAGGAGGAAGUGGAUGAUGAAGAGCUUGAUGUUAUAUCACGUUUAAUCUUUCCGGAGCGCUGGCUGUGGCAGUCUCAAAUGCUUCCUAACUGUAAGGAUAAGGGAAAAUGUGAAACAACCUUAAGGGUUUGGCUUCCAGAACAAAUCACCACCUGGGUGAUCACCGCUAUCAGCACAUCAACAGACUAUGGUAUUUGUGUGGCAGACCCAGUAGAACUUAGAGUCCAGAAGCUUUUCUUUGUUGACAUGAAGUUGCCUUAUUCGGCUGUGGUCAACGAGCAAAUAGAAAUCAACGCCAUCAUUCACAACUUCAGAAGUUCUCAAAUCGAUCAGGUUAUAGUGGAGCUGAAGGAGACUAAGUCUAUAUGCAGUUUGGCCAGCUACAAGAAGAAGUAUCGCACCAUUGUGAGCAUAGCUGGCAAAUCAUCACGCGCCGUUCCCUUCGUUAUCAUCCCGCUGGUUCCAGGCCAAUACUACAUUGAGGUGAUGGUCAAGGACCCAGAUGCAUGGAAAGAUGGUGUGAGGGAAAAACUGGAAGUAGUGUUACCAGCACGUGGCGCUUUAACAGGAGUAGGUGAAGGCUCCAUGGCAGUCGUCACUGGGCAUCACACCAAACCUUACCCAGUUGGAGUCAAGUGCAAGAACUUUGAUCUCGAUGUGACGUUUAGCAAAAUGGAAACAAUUUCCUAUGAUGGCGCACUUGUAAGUUAUACGCUUUCCAUAGAAACCAAGUUUCUGAAAGACAGAGAAUCCACCAUGACAGUUCUGGAUAUCAGCCUGCUGACAGGGUUUAUACCAGAUAACAGGGAUCUGCAAAAGCUGAUGGGAACCGACAGGCACAUCCAGAGGUUUGAGAUGGACAAACUUUCCGACCGUGGAUCCCUCAUCAUCUAUCUCAAGAAGGUCUCAAACGUAGUUAAGGAGAGAAUUACCUUCAGAAUGCACAAAAAGUUACAUGUUCGUCUCCUUCAACCAGCAAGGAUAACAGUAUACGAGUAUAAUGAUAAAGAGAACCACUGUGUGAAGUUUUAUGAUGCAGCCGAACGAAUAAAUGGAAUGCUUCGCACCAUCUGCCCUACAGACGUGUGCAGCUGUGCUGAAAUGAACUGCGAUCUGCUGAAAGAUCCUGAAGUUCCAGCUGAAGACAAGCGCACGGAAGAAGCCUGUCAAAAGGAUUUUGUUUACAAGGCAACUCUGAAAGACAUUAAGCGAUCUGGCUUAGAAGACAUCUACACCUUCAGUGUAGACGUUCUUAAAGAGGGGUCUGAUCCGGUUCAACCCCAAGAUCAGAGGAAUUUUUGGGCUCAUUCUCAGUGCAAAGAUAAACUGAACCUAAAAGUGGGAAAAGACUACCUUAUCAUGGGGCCUGAACCAAAGAAGAUUGAAGAUAGUUAUCACUAUUUGUUUGGGGUUUGGACAUGGCUGGAAUACUGGCCCACCACCAGGGAAAGCCAUGAGAACAAGAAUAACAACAGAGAGAGAUAUAACGGCCUGGAGAGUCUCAAGUAUUAUUUACACUACACUGGAUGCCCAACCUAAACUUGUUUUUUUAAAGCAUACAUAGGUGUGCAGAUUCAGAUUGUACCCAAUGCUUUUUGCCUUUCUGGUCAUAUGUAUGCUUUCUCUUACAGAUGUACACCAGUUUGAUCACCAAUUUAUUAAAUACUACAAUCAUGUAACUA